AUGUUCUCGUCACUCGUUCUCUCCGGAGCGUUGCUGGCUAUCUUCCAGACAAUCCCCACCACCCUCGCGUUUCCCACCUUCAACUCCAACUCCCCCACCCCCUCCAGCUACGACAUCCCCUCCUCCGACUACACCAUCCAAGACGAUCUUCCUCAUCCUUCCUUCAACAUAACCACCGCCACAGAAGAAGAAGACCCAGCCACCAUUGCCGGCGGCGGCAUCAUCGAAGCCCGCGCGGUGAAGAACAGUCGGGAAGUCAUCCGCGUUGACUGCGACAUUGGCGGCGGCAGCAGCAGCAGCAGCACCAAGUGGGGGUACGCAUUAGCCAAGUACGUCGCGGCGGGCGUGAAGCAUUUGAAGGAAGUGUCGGGGACGCCGAGCAACGGACCGGGCCCAGGGAAUUGUGGAAGGGCACCACGCGUCGGAAAAGAACUCAGUUCUUACGGCGAAAUCGCCUGGGCGGCCCAGGAGGUCCAGAAAAGAUGUUAUUCUCAAGGACAGUCAACUGGGACGCCGGCGAAUAUUAAUAACAAUGGUGGGUACCUGAAGGGGGCUGUUUACAUGAGGGAUCAGUGGAGUGUGAUUGUUAGGUCUGAUCAUGAUAAUUGCUGA